UUGUUUUUUUUUUUUAAGUGUUUGUCCUGCCAAGUCCACCUGGAAGCCUUUUUUGGCCACAUUGUUUGUUUUUACAUGGUGUGCUGCAAUGAAUCGAUUCUUCAGUCAUCACCGAGAAAGGCAAUAUAGCGUAUCUGUGACAGUGGGGAUUAUAUCUGACUCCCAGAAGAACUGAAAGACUAUGCAGACUCCAAGAUCAGCACUUGGUCGGGUUGAAACUGGAUGUGCAAUGGUGGCUCCAGAAGAGAGGUCAGAAAUCCACCGGAGCGGCCUUGCUGGGGACCGGAGUUUCUGAGUCAGCCAAGGACUGAGGAGACUGGAGAAGACAGAAGAGAGGCUGAUGGGCUCAGUGGGCAGACUCCAUUAUCUCACCAUGACUGCUGAAAACCCAAUGCCUGGGGACGUGGCGCUGGCCCCCCUUGUCACCUGCAAACUCUGCCUGUGCGAGCAGUCGCCGGACAAGAUGACCACACUCCAGGAAUGCCGCUGCAUCUUCUGCACAGCUUGCCUGAAGCAGUAUAUGCAGCUGGCAAUCCGAGAAGGCUGUGGGUCUCCCAUCACUUGCCCUGAUGUGGUGUGCCUGAACCAUGGAACCCUGCAGGAAGCUGAGAUUGCCUGUUUGGUAUCCGUGGAUCAGUUUCAGCUUUAUCAGCGGUUAAAAUUUGAACGAGAAGUUCACUUGGACCCCUACCGGACAUGGUGCCCUGUUGCAGACUGUCAGACUGUGUGCCCUGUUGUAUCCAGUGACCCAGAUCAGCCUGUGCUGGUGGAAUGCCCUUCCUGCCAUCUGAAAUUCUGCUCAUGUUGCAAGGAUGCUUGGCACGCAGAUGUUGCCUGUAGAGACAACCAACCUGUUGUCCUGCCAGCAGAGCACGGAGCCCUCUUUGGAACAGACGUGGAGGCCCCCAUUAAGCAAUGCCCAGUCUGCCGGGUUUAUAUCGAACGCAACGAAGGCUGUGCUCAGAUGAUGUGCAAGAACUGCAAGCACACCUUUUGCUGGUACUGCCUCCAGAACCUGGAUAAUGACAUUUUCCUCAGGCAUUAUGACAAAGGACCCUGCAGGAAUAAACUCGGUCACUCGAGAGCAUCGGUGAUGUGGAACCGAACACAGGUGGUGGGGAUUCUUGUAGGAUUGGGCAUCAUUGCCUUGGUGACUUCCCCGUUGUUACUCCUGGCCUCCCCGUGUAUAAUCUGCUGUGUCUGCAAGUCCUGUCGGGGCAAGAAGAAAAAGCAUGAUCCGGCCACCACUUAAGGAUUCCCUCCCUUUUGCCGUCCAUGUGCCACAGAUGUCUGGGUUCUAAGAGACAGCACAGGGUGUUACAGCCCCCUUUGGUGGCCUUGCCUCCUUCUCCUUGCCAAACUUUGGAAGUGCCUCUGUGUCCAGACUUUGAACUUGCCUGCCAGCCUUCGACAUUGAGAAAAGCCAAGUCCUGGGUGUGACAAGAACCAGGCUCUGCAUUCCAGGCUGUGUCUAUGGAGCAGGUUGGACACUCUGGGGUUGCUUGAGAAGAAUGCACACAUCAUCAUUUUCUCAUCCAAAGAAUCCUCCCGAGCUGUUCAACUUCCAGCCAAGUUCAAGGAGCCUGAGUGAACAUUUGAUGUAAUAAAUGUGUUGUGCUUGGCGACGUAUGCGGUCAUAGAAA